AUGGCAAUCACUCAUCAUGGCAUUAACCAUGCUGACACUGGCGCCCUGAUGUGUUGCCCAUUUGAGGAAAUGGUGGAGAUUUUGAUGGAAGCUGCUGCCAUUGGUGGAAAGGAUGAUUGUCACAGCAUCGCAGAAAAUGUUAUAUUUGGCCAGCUUGUGCCUAUGGGUACAGUACAAGACUUACUUGCUGCCCACACAGUUGGCAGCAUGACACCAGGCCAAGUAGCAAUGACACCAUAUGACAUGAACUCACCUGCAUGGUCAGAGCAUAACUUCAAGGGCAAAUCAGCAACGUUCUCACUGCUUACUGUCAACAGUGGACAACUUUUCAUUCCCCAGAGCGACCUCACUCUUCAGCACAUCACUCUAUGCAAUGUCCCCAUUCUAUGA